CUCCCUUGGCCAUCCUGCAAAUGGAUCUUCCACCACCUUCCUUCUCUUCUCUUUUUUGCAGAGGCUCAUGAGGAUACAAAGCUCGGUUCAUGCAGUUUAAGCAGCUCCUGGAGAGAUCCUUCCCGAACAAACUGGACAUUACUGGGGAAAUUGCUGAAAGUGGUGCCUUUGAAGUGCUUCUCCCAGACCUUGGGAUAGUUUUGCAUUCUAAGAAGAAUGGUGCUGGCUACGUGGACACCAACGAGAAGGUAAAAGCCAUCUGCGAAGGCAUUAAGACGCAUCUGCGAAAGAAGUCCCCCAAGGUCAGCAAUGGGGCCAAGGAGCCGCUGACGCAGGAAGAACAGGGCCAGCCGAGCUCGAAACCAGAACUGAAGCCGAGAGUGGAAGGACCACUGGUCCCAGAGGCAGAGAAGAAGCCAGAACUGAAGCCGAGCACCGAAGGGCCACUGGUCCCAGAGGCAGAGAAGAAGCCAGAACUGAAGCCGAGCACCGAAGGGCCACUGGUCCCAGAGGCAGAGAAGAAGCCAGAACUGAAGCCGAGCACCGAAGGGCCACUGGUCCUAGAGGCGGAGAGGAAGCCAGAACCAACCACCUUGACUAAGAAAAGGAAUGAUUUAAAUACUGCAACCCCCAGGUACUAA